AUAAGGGGGCUCAAGGCCUCGUCAAGUUGCACUUCUCUUCAUCAGAACAACAAGAAGCAAACACAAGAACACAACAGCAAUCGACUACAAAUCAAACACUACUUCCACUACUACUACUUCUACGAUCAAAACAAACCUGCCUCUACUUACUCUUCUAAACACUCUACCUCAACACACGACCAAAAUGUCUCUCUUCAGAACCAUGCCUACCGCUGGUGACUUCUCCCCCCUCUUCCGUCUUCUGGACGACUACGACACCCACCGUCAGAGCCGUGGUCAGGUUUCCAGCGUGCGCUCCUUUGCACCUCGCUUCGACGUCCGCGAGACUGACGAUGCCUACCACUUCGAUGGUGAACUCCCUGGCAUUGCUCAGAAGGACAUCGACAUUGAAUUCUCUGACCCACAGACCCUCGUGAUCAAGGGUCGCACUGAGCGCGAAUACCACACCCCCGAGGCUGGCGAAACCAAGGAGGGUGAGAGCAAGGAAGUGACCAAGAGGGAGAACGGGGACAAGCCUCGCUACUGGGUUAGCGAGCGCUCCGUUGGCGAAUUCCACCGCACCUUCACCUUCCCGUCUCGCGUCGACCAGGAAAACGUCAAGGCCAGCCUUAAGAACGGCAUCCUCUCCUUGGUCGUGCCCAAGGCUGCUGCUUACACCGGCAAGAAGAUCACCAUCGAGUAAACGAGCUGCGGGAUGAGACGAGUUACGAACCUUGCAUGGGAGUUAAACAAUCAGUUUGAACGGCGCCAACAAUGAUGUUUUCUUUCUCGACUUUCGAU